GCAAGUUUCUGAGCUAACUUAAAGAGUUCUGGUAUAAGUAUAAAGCGAAUAUAGAAAAAACGUUAGCUUUAUUUUCAGUUUGUUUUUAUUGAUGACUAAACCAACUUUCGUCGUUUGAUUUCUUGCUUCUUUUUUGUUUAUUAUAACCAGUUUAUUAUGGCAGAAAAGUCGGCAUUUAAUUUUGACGUCAAUAUUGCAAGCUCGCCUCACCAAAAUGGAGCAGGACCGAAAAAAGAAAAACCGAAACAAAAGAAGACAUACGCCUUAUUUUCACCAGGCGGUAAAAAGAAGCAGACAGAGGACGAGUUGCCAGAAAUCGGUUCACCGACGAAUGUUGUUCGCAGCGGGACUCAGAACCCGUCCGAGGUGGCUGCGAUGGUUCUGAUGGCGGAGCAGAUGAAGGCGGAUAAGUUCAUGAUCCACGACAGUGUGAGGCCACACGACGUAUACUCGACAGACGACGAACUAGACGAAGACGAAGACCACAUCGCUCAAAACACGCCAGAACAACAACCAGCCAAUCUGGAAGCUGUUCAAACGCCGUCACCAACCGCAAAGAACAACUUGACACCUCCUGCUGAAAAGGCGGAGCCGACCAUUCUCAUUCCAACUGACGCAACUAAGAUCAAAAAACCCCCGCCUGUUCCGAAAAAACCGGCUAACCUUCGGAUGACAGAAGAGGAAAUGGUGGCAAAACUGGAAGCGCUGGUAGGAAGUCGUGAGUUGGGUACUAGGUUCAUCAAGCGCGAAAUGAUUGGAUCAGGUGCAUCAGGAAAAGUCUACUCGUGCACUGACAAUGAAAACCAAAAGAAGGUUGCCUUAAAGGAGAUGAAGUUAAAAGACCAGAAGAAGUUCGUGUACGUGGUGAGUGAGAUCAGAGUGAUGAAACGAAUACACCAUGCAAACAUUGUCAAUUUCAUUGGCUGUUUCCUCACACCAAACAAGAAAUCACUCAUGAUUGUGAUGGAGUUCUUGUGGAAUGCAUUAACCAAUGUGAUUUUGGCUCUCCAGGCAAAGAUGGACGAAAAAUACAUUGCCUACAGCAGCUACGAGGCCAUCCUGGGCCUGGAAUAUCUACACAGUAAUAGUAUUAUUCACAGGGAUAUCAAGAGUGACAAUGUGCUGCUAGGACUGGACGGCAGUGUGAAGCUGGCCGAUUUUGGUUUUUGUGCGGAGUUAUCUCAAGCCAACUGUGUAAGGAAAACCCAAUUGGGCACUCCUUUCUGGAUGUGUCCGGAGAUCGCGCGGAGGGAACAGUAUAGUUCCAAUGCUGAUAUCUGGUCCAUGGGCAUUCUAGUGAUUGAGUUGAUUGACACAAGCCCACCCUACAUGGAUGAAGACAUCUACAGCCAAGAACCUCUAAAGGCGAUCCAAGAGAUCGGUCGGCUGACUGAACCCCCUGAGAUCAAACGGAAAGAUGAGAUCUCGAAUUCUCUGGAGAGUUUCGUCCUUUCUUGCCUCACCGUCGACCCCGCAGAUAGACCAGACGCCACCACUAUUCUACAAGAUCCAUUUUUGGCAGAGCGAUGUUCAAAGGAGCAGUUUGGCCGUUACCUUCAGAAACUAGACUUAGACGAAUAAGGUGUCUUUGGCUUAUAUAAUCAGCUUAUUUCGACUUGCCGAUCGAAACUUCUGUUUUGAUUGAAAUCAACCAAUGCAAAACUUCUUUGGAGUAAUCAGAAUGAUCAAUAGCUAGCGCUCAAGUUGUGCAAAUAACUUCUUUAUACUUAAUUUUGUUUGAAUAUCA